GUUCAAAGACACAUUUUACGCACGUUAUUUAAUUUUAUCGAUAUAAUGUAAGCUGUUGGCUGGACAUCCCUAAACAGUGUCGAUGUCGGCAGUCAGUGUGGUACCUUCGCGGCGGAUGUCCGUCUACCGCGUGCGAAAUUUGAAUUUUAAAUGCAAAUUAAAAAAAUCGUGAAAACUAAAGGUUCCGGAACUGUGCUGCGUUUUACGUUCUCUUUUCAAAGUUUCGAACACUUCUGUUUUGGACUUUCCUUCGAUCCCGGAACUUCACCAACAUGGGCAUCGACUAAAAUGCCCGACCGCUAACCCUCACUAAUCUUGUCCACGAAAUGACCCUUGCUUCUACGGACGAGUGACAAAAAACCAACUCAUACUUAUGCACAGAGACGCUUCUAACGUCUUCAGGGAUUCCUUAAAACUACGCCAAAAGCUACUGCAAAGGACAACAACAUACUUUAAGGUGGCUGAGUUCGUCAAAAAAGACGCCAUCCGAUACUACACGUAUGACUACGAAAUACACCAAACCUAGUAUUAAAUAUUAUGAACAUAUUUAUAGGUAACGAUUAUCACUCGAAAAAUCUCGUUAAACUGAAAACUAUCGCUUGAAUAGACAAUAAUAAAUCUAAUUAGAUAAAUCGUCACGUAUCAAUUCCAUUGCCAUUGUCAUUUAAGAAAACAAACGUCAAUUUUGCGCGCGUAAUUAAUCCAAGAUGGCGGCUAAGGCUGAGCCGAUUGGUCCGAGAAACGGGCAUGAGUUGGCGCCUUUGAAUACGAGGGCGGAUGGGAGUGAGCGGCCCCAUGGGGUCACUAUAGUUCUACAGGGGUCCCGGGGGUCCUUGCAGAGGGAUGCCCCGGACGAUCCGGACAGGGCGGCGUGGUCCGGGAAGCUGCAGUUCUUUCUGUCCAUCAUCGGGUACUCGGUCGGGCUGGGAAACAUUUGGCGGUUCCCGUAUUUGUGCCAGCAGAAUGGUGGUGGCGCCUUCCUGAUUCCCUUCAUGAUCAUGCUAAUCCUGGAAGGAAUCCCGCUCUUCCUGAUCGAGAUGGCCAUCGGGCAGAAGAUGCGUCUGGGUUCCCUGGGCGUCUGGAACACCAUCCACCCCUGGCUGGGAGGCAUUGGGAUCUCCAGCUGCGUAGUCACGCUGUUCGUGGCUCUGUACUACAACGUCAUUAUCACUUGGGUGUUCUUUUACCUGUUCAAUAGCAUCCGGCUGACAGCAGACCAGCUCCCCUGGGCUCACUGUCCCCAAGACAACGGGACAGCAGAAGAGGAGUGCACCAAGGCCACAGCAACGGUCUACUUCUGGUACCGCGAGGCUCUGGACGCGGCCCCUAGUAUUGAGGAGCCUGGUGUGCCUCGAUGGUGGAUCGUCCUCUAUCUGCUACUGGCUUGGAUUAUCGUCUUCUUCAUUGUGAUGAAGGGCAUCCAGAGCAGUGGGAAGGUGGUAUACUUCACGUCUCUGUUCCCGUACGUCGUGUUGACAAUCUUCUUCAUCAGAGGCAUCACCCUGCCAGGGUCGACAGACGGCGUCAUCCACAUGUAUAAGCCGAAGCUGGAAAUGCUGCUCCAGCCUACAGUCUGGUUAGACGCAGCCACCCAAGUGUUCUACUCCUUCGGCCUGGCCUUCGGCUCGCUGAUCGCGUUCGGCUCCUACAACCCGCCCAACAACAACUGCGUGCGCGACGUGCUGCUGGUCUCCGUGUGCAACGCGCUCACCGCCAUCUACGCGUCCGUCGUCAUCUUCAGCAUCCUCGGGUUCAAGGCUUACACCAUGACGGAGCACUGCAUCGCCAAGCAAAUCAAGUUCCUGGCCACGCACCACUUCGGCGGGUUCACCCUGAACUCGACCGCGGAUUACUACCGGGAGCACUUCCCGCUGCUGAAUCAGACGCAGAUGGCGCAGAUGAAUGUCACGGAGUGCACCAUCGGCAGGCAGCUGGAGGAGGCGGCCGAAGGCACCGGACUAGCCUUCAUAGUAUUCACACAAGCCAUCCUCAAGCUGACUCCAGCGCCGUUCUGGUCGAUCACCUUCUUCCUGAUGCUCCUGUCGCUCGGACUCGGCAGCCAGAUCGGCAUCAUGGAGGGCAUGCUGUGUACCAUCUUCGAUAUCGACUUCUUCAAGCGACUGAGCAAGCCGGUUAUCACAGGCGUGGUGUGCGUAUUCUGCUUCCUGGUGGGUCUGAUCUUCACGACUGGCGCGGGCGAGUACUGGCUCAAGAUGUUCGACUCCUUCGCCGGCACCGUCGGGCUGGUGGUGGUGGCUCUUAUGGAGAUGAUAGCGGUCAUCUACAUUUAUGGACACGAGCGGUUCACCAACGAUAUCUACGAGAUGACGGGCUACAGACCAGGACUGUACUGGCAGAUCACCUGGCGCUACGUCGGGCCGUUCAUCGUAUCCGGGAUCCUGGUCUCCUCUAUCGUGUCUAUGCUCAUCAAGCCGCCGGAGUACAGCGCCUGGGACGCUGCCGAGGGUCACACAGUGAAGAAGUCCUACCCGGACUGGGUGCUAGCCAUAGCCGUCGUCAUGAUUCUGGCUGGGAUCCUGCCGAUCCCGGUGGUUCUCCUGCUGCGCCGCUUCCAGUGCCUGGCGCUAGACGUGGACAUCCACCAGGGAUCCAUCCGACGCAUCGAGACCACCGUCUCAACCAAAGAGAUGAUGAGCGACCAGGAUGUGCUCUCUCCUGAGACGGCGCCGCCAGCGCCGGCGCAGUUGGUAGCGGACGCAGCCGGAACUAAAUUCACCAUUGGAGACUUCGAUGGCGUCGAUAGCAGUGAAGAGAGAGCGAGCAAGCGGCCGCCAGCUAGCAUCGCUCGCAGCAGACCGAAGAAAUAAAUUCUUCAGACUCGGAGGGCGAGAUCCGUCCGUCCGGCCGCUUCGACGACUCGAGCUCGAGUGACGAAGAGAUACUCAACACCGGAAGCGGC